CAUUUUCAUGGCCCACUAAGCAUAUAAUAAAAUGGAGACAGAAUCUUCCCGCCAACCCAAAACCAGCCUCAUCACUGCCCUCUACAAGGGAAACCCGAAGCUGAAGAAUUCUCAGAAAAAACAACAGAAAAAUGGAAGAUACGAAAUCAAGAAGAAACACAAGCAAAAGGAAACCCCUCACUGAUCUCAGCAAUACAAUCCCAUCAUCUCUGCCUUCUUCACAAUCCUCUUCUUCUUCUUUAAUCAAACCCCAAGCCAAAACUUCACUCAUUUUGCCUCUUGAAUCCCUUCUCAACAACCCCAGUAGUAAUCUUAAUUCUAACUCCAAGUCUACUGCAACUGAAUCCACCAUCACCGAUAAUGUUAACAGUGACAAGAAGAAGGAAAAAAGUCAAAAUAACAAGGCAAAACCUAGCUCCAUGCUGUCCCCGUCGCUAAAAACGCCUUCUGUUUCGGGUAUUGGUGAUUGUGUGGAUUUUGAGCCUUGUACAGUUUACAACAGGAGACAUACAGCUGGAAAAAGGAACAGUAAAGGGAAGGAAAUUGCAGGGCGUUUGAGUUGCUUUUUUGAAACGAGGAUGCCAGACUUAAGGAGAAGAAAAGAUGGAGAUGUUGAUAUUGGUCUCUUCAAAUCGUGUCCAAUGCCACGGAAAAAGAAGCAGCGCCAAGAGAAGGCUGAGGUAAAUGCCUCUAAGCAUGACUUGCCCCAAGAUUUCAUUGACAAGCAUAGAGCAUAUUUUGCAGAGGUUGAUGCAUUUGAACUGGAAGAGGAGGUGGCAUCAGCUGAUGAGUUGGAAUAGAUGAAAAAGUAUAUAACUGUAAGAUUUAGGAUAAUGCAAUUCAGGUGCUCUAACCCAGUAAUAUUCUCUGUAUAUGGUUACCUACAAAUUUUGCUGUAAUAACCACCUUACCUAGCUAUAUCUGAUGCUUGAUAGUCUUCCCCAUCAAAAUCUAGUGUAUUCACUGGUCAUCACCUUGAUAGUCUAGUUUACAGUAGUGUUAAAUUGUUUUUGACAGUUUAUUUUUCUAUGUUUAGAAAAAUUGUAUUUCAUACUAAGCAUACUCUGCUGAGUCUGGCAUUGACACAUGGGCUUGAUUUCUUUGCAAUUGUGAAUUAUUGAUAUCAUCUUGUUAUUGAGGAAAUGCCUGCAAAAUCUGUUUGUUGACCAAAAGAUUGGAUUCUAUUCAAGUUUUUGCUUUGUACUAGCAAUAAUGCAGGCUGUGCAGCAAUACUGUUGUCCCAAUCAGCCAUGCUUGAACCCUUUUGCCUCUGCAUAGAAAAGGCUUGGAUCUGACUGUUUUGGUUGGGGUGAGGAAGCCUACUGAAAGAAAACUUUUUUCCCCAUAUUGGGGGUUAAAUAAGCCUAGUUUAUUAAUUUCUGUCCAAUAUGUUAAAUACUAAAGUACGAAAGGCAUGUUAUUGGGGCUUCUGCUGAAAGCCUGAGGUUCCUUCGCAGUCCAGGGAGCCUCGAGUAAUAUUUAUCUUACCAUAAACAAAAGAAACUUAAGGCUGCACCGUCAAGAUUAAUGCAGCCUGAUCAUUGUAGAGGGUGAAACUCUGUUUACUUUCUUAUAGUAUAGUGUUAAUCCUAAUCAUACCCACAUAAUUCACAUAUUUCAAGGCUUUAAGCAAUCAGGAAACUUAGAAGUAAAUUUCACUUUGUUAUCAAUUGCUCAUUAAGUAGCUUUCUAUCAGUUACAAUGUCCUAUAGAAGUGAUGUGAAAAUACCUAUUGUUCAUCACUUUUUUUUUUCUAAGUUCGGAAUAAUGAGACUGACAAUUGUUAUGGAAAUGGUUGCCAUAAUGCUUCUGGACACAUAAUUUUUUUUGCAGUUUCUUCUUACAUUCACAGUAGGUAAUUUCAAAUGAGUUUUCCGCAAUUGGUCCUUAUCUCUCCAGAACUUCCUGUAAGAGGCUUGAUGUUGCCAGUUUUGAUCAUAGAUUAGUCCAAGUCCUUGAAAAAUUCACAAGUAUCUGCAGCAUACUUUGUUACCAGAGAAUCAACAGAAGUGCCAAUAAAGAACCCUUGGUCAGAACGGAUGAGACCCUUCAUCUUCAACAAGUUGUGGAAGUACAAAUUAUCAAAACGAGUUGGCGUCUGGAAAUCAAGGGUUUGAGGCCAAUCAUCUUUUCCACGUUUUGGGCACUUGAGCUGCAAGGAUUUGGCGAAUGAGGGACCGAUGUUAAGAGUCAUUGUAGAUGUGUGUUUGAAACGUUGUGCACCUUGCCUGGCUAAUAGUGUCUGAACCUGCCAUUCAAGAUGAUCCAUUAAUUUGUUCAUGCGAUAAUUGGCAUGCUUAAAAGUUACAUGAUCAAUCAAAGAAAAGGAUUGGUCAUAUGGCUUCCCUUUUAUUUUUCUGUCAACAUCCCUUUGCUACAAAAUUGAGAAAAACUGUAUAAGAUCAUUCUUGAAAUAGUGCAGUGUAUGCCAACUUAGAGUCUCUUUAGCUGAAAGUGCCGCCAAAUCUUGCAAUGAAAGUCCUUGAGCAGCAAAGCUUGAUAGGAGAGCAAUUAUAUAGAAAUUGGGUCCAGGAAUGAAGUUGUUUGCAGCAGCCUUGCUAGCAGUGGUAAAAUCCCUUCUCCCUCGCUUUACUUUCCAUGAAGGACCCCCUAAUGUAGUCAUGGCAUUUGGCAGGUCUAGCUUUCGAAUCCCAAAACCCGCAACCCUUUCCUCUUUUCCCAAACUACACCCUCCUCUUUACAAAAAAAAAAAAAAAAAAAAAAAGAAAGAAAAAUUAUGGACUUACUUUGACAAUCGAAUCAUGAGCUGCGUGCUUACUUUAAAUUUAGCUUU